AUGAUUGCAUAUGUAUGUGUAUAUUUACCACUAAUAUUAUCAUUAUAUAUCUAUCUAUCUAUCUAUCUAUCUAUCUAUCUAUCUAUCUAUCUAUCUAGGCCUAACUAUUGCCCACCAGUUUCUCAUACCGAAGCAGCUUUCUUUCAUGAGUCUCUUCAAUCCCUUCUUCCCAUGCCACUGUCAGCACGCCAAGCAACAGAUGUUGCUUCUCAAGAUCAACACAUGAUCUGGUCUGCUCUUGAGUCAUCCGACCUGGUCUUCUGCCUUGUGUCAGUCACACCUUCCUUUGCAAGGUAUACCAGCCAUCCUGUAGCGUCUUCGGGUAGGAUGACAGUAUGUGACGCAUGUCUCCACACAACCGGCAGGAGAUCGAGUCCUGCAUUCCCCAUCUCUUCAAAUUUGCCGGUGAUGCCGCCACAUCAUAUGCUACCCUCCGCACUAAACGUCUCUCUUCGAGCUACCGAACCCCCUGUUCCUGUAACUUGCGUUGCUCCUGUUCACUGGACUCUGACCAGAAUCCCUCACUCUCAACUAGACCAUGUCCAUCCUUCCAGCCUUCCUCUUUUCUUUCUUCUUUGCUCUUAUCCUUUCUUUCUUUCUUUCUUUCUUUCUUGCUUUUAUCUUUGCUUUCUUCCUUCCUUCCUUUUUUUUACUUCCUUUGCCUCCCCAGCUGAGGGUGAGCUCGGAAAACGAGAGGAGAGGACUAUCUAUCUAUCUAUCUAUCUAUCUAUCUAUCUAUCUAUCUAUCUAGCCAUUAAAAUCUUUGUGUCUAUCUAUUCAUUUAACUUUUUUUAUGUAAAAUUGUAUGUUUCUUUCCUCUGUCUACACAUAUUGCACAUGAAUAGAAAUCAUAUAUUACCAAUGGAAUAUUAG